AUGUCUCAGCAGCAGCAUCUGAAGGGCUCACUCGAGUCCGAAACGAAUUUUGAGGAUGACUACAACGACGAGUUAAUCGAUGACGACGCUUCAACGGCAGUUCAUUCAAAUCCAGAACAUGUUGUGUAUUCUCGAUCUACUCAUAGUUUUGCCAAUGACGAUGCCACUACAGUUGGAAAUGACGUGUCACAUUUGGCAGUGCACGACUCGAGCCACAAACGUCGCCACUCUAACGACAGAAUGCUUUCAUUGCAUUUAAGCCAAUGGAAUUAUAACAACAAUCGAGUGGGCUUAAGCCGCGGCAUUCAGAAUGCAGAAGAGUUGAUCCAGCUGAUAACAGAUGAAAAUGAAAGCAGACCAAUACAUGUCCCCUCAAAAGCCAACGACUGCGAUCUUCGCAUAUUAGAAAUCGACUUCAACCUCAGAGGAAACAAAAGUAGUAAUGUCAAGCUAGACAAAAAUGCAAUUGCAAAUUUAUUUGCAGUGCGUGCCAAAACCGCAUUGAGCCAUCUCAAAUCUUUACAAAAACGUGUCGAUGACACUUCUUCCAAGGUCUUUAUCACUGGUGAUCUGAAUGCCGGUAAAUCCACAUUCUGCAAUGCCUUACUAAAACGGAGAAUUAUGCCUGUGGAUCAACUGCCCUGCACUAACGUGUUUUGCGAAAUUUUGGAGGCACGGGAGUACACAGAAGUUGAAGAAGUACACGCCAUUCCCUUGGCAGUUGCCCCAACCGUCAAGGAGGCUACCGAUGCAUACAAUAUUAAAGACAAGUCUACUUACAGGGUCUACCCAAUGAGCCAAUUGUCAGACUUAGUGUAUAGGGCAGACCUGUACUCACUGCUCAAAGUUUAUAUCAAAGAUGACAAGAGGCCCGCCGAUCUCAGUCUUCUGAGGAACGGAACAGUCGAUAUAUCGUUGAUCGACUCUCCAGGACUUAAUUUGGAUUCAAUUCAAACCACAGAGGUGCUGUCGCGCCAAGAGGAGAUUGACAUGGUAAUUUUUGUCGUGAACUCAGAAAAUCAGCUAACACUAUCUGGCCAGGAGUUUAUUCAAGUUGCCAGCAGGGAAAAGAAGCUAAUGUUUUUCGUGGUCAAUAAAUUUGAUCAGAUCAGGGACAAAGGACGUUGUAAGAAGCUGAUUCUGGAUCAGAUCAAAAAAAUGUCACCCGAAACUCAUAAGCAAUCUGAUGAAUUCGUCCAUUUUGUCUCCAGUGAGUCGAGACCUAAUUUCCCCGGCGGCAACGAUCCUGACGACAAUGGCAACGAUGACGAUGACGAAUUUGACUCGAAUGACCCUGAUUUCGAUAAGUUGGAGACCUCACUGCGCAAUUUCGUGCUAAAAAAACGGUCCCUCUCAAAAUUAUUGCCUGCCAAGACUUAUUUGACAAAACUCUUGAGAGAUAUUUCCGCUAUCGCAAAAUGGAAUCUGGACCUCAACGACUCAGAAACUAAAAGCUUGAAUGCCGAGCUGCACGAGAUGAAUCCUGAAAUAAAGUCGACAAAUGCUCAAUGUCAGAAGUUGACUGACCAAGUCGACAAGAUCGUCGAGGCCGCGGUAGGAGAGGCUUAUGACUUCACGAAGCACAAGAUCAACACUGCUUUGGAGCUUUCUAUACGGGAAUUUCCUGACUACGAAGGACUUUCAAGUAUCUACGAUUACAUCUUCCGCUCGAGACAGUUCAUUUUCGAUCAAAUCAAGGACAGCGUAGGAACAAGUGAGUUUAAAGCGAAAAACGAUACUUCCCUCAGAGUUAAGGAAAUUCACUCUCUAGGAAAGUCUGAGUUAGGAGAGGAAUUCAUGUCGAAUCGGAGAUUCAAAAGCGAUUUGAUGUUCACAAAAAAGAAGCAUAUGUCUUUGAAGGCACUUAAUGUUCCCUUUGACGUCAUGGAUUUAUUCUCUCCAUCAUGGAAAGGAUUCCUUGGUUACCUCAGCUGGGGAAUCUUUGGCGAGGAUAGCCUUGUCGACAAAGAAAUCGAGACUAACGAGUCAGGAUGGAAUGCCACUCUAGGCCUCGGCCAAUAUUCUUUAACAAAAUAUUGGACCAAUCCUUCUCUCCUAUUCACCUCUAAGAUCCCGGCUCUUGCGGUAUACUCCUGGGGUGGUACGCGUGUCUUCACCACUGUUCUGAUGUAUGGGUCGAGAUUUUUCUCAUGGCAUUCGCUUACUCGCCUCUCAUCGUCAGUCCUGCUUCUGGGCUCGGUGAUGGGAAUUGCGUAUUUGAUACAUGAUUUGCCGCGUGCCCUGCCGCUCAAUUUAUCUAACAAGUAUCGGUCCAAGCUGCAAGAACUAGACUACGCGCAUCGGAAUGCCAAGCGGAUUUCAGAUGAAGUACGAGACGUGCUUAGGUUCCCAUCUCGCGAAGUUGUCAAGUCUUGCGAAACGAUUCUCGGUAAAAAGCAAGCCGCUAGGCGCGAGAUCGAAGCCAAGCUACACGACAACAUAUUGUCAGUGAAAUUUUUCAAAACCUUGUCUCAUCGUGCUAAUUCCCAAAUCCAAGUGAUUGAACAAAUAGAUUUGGACGUUGACUAA